AUGAUUUUUGGGCAACCCACGAUACUGCUGCUGCGCGACGGGACCGACACCUCUUCCGGCAAGGGACAGAUCCUCAGCAACAUCAACGCCAUCGAGGCCAUCGUCGAAAUCCUCAAGACCACGUUGGGCCCGGGCAUGGACAAGAUGAUCACCACGGCCAAGGACACCAACAUCACCAACGACGGGGCCACGGUCCUCGAGCUGCUCGAGAUCGAGCACCCCGCUGCCAAGAUCCUGGUGGACAUCGCCAGGUCGCAGGACCGCGAAGUGGGGGACGGUACCACCACGGUCACCCUGCUGGCGGGCGAGCUGCUCCGCGAGAGCAAGGCCUUCGUGGACGAGGGCAUGAACCCUCAGGUGAUCAUCAGCGGCUUCCGGACUGCGCUGGCCUUCGCGCUCGAGCAGCUGAAGGAGCUGGCCAUCGGGCUGGCCACCCAGGACAAGUCCGAGGAGCGCAACAUGAUGCUCAAGUGCGCCGCCACCGCUCUCAACUCCAAGCUGCUGGCCGCCUACAAGGACCACUUUUCGGAGCUGGUGGUCGAGGCAGUGGAGAAGCUGGACACCACGCUGCUGGACAAGGACAUGAUCGGCAUCAAGUAGGUCACGGGGGGGUCGGUCAGCGAGUCCUUCCUGGUGGACGGCGUGGCCUUCAAGAAGACCUUUUCCUACGCGGGCUUCGAGCAGCAGCCCAAGAAGUUCGAGAACCCGAAAAUUGUCCUGCUCAAGAUCGAACUGGAGCUCAAGGCCGAGCGGGACAACGCCGAGGUGCGCAUCGAGAACGUCGAGGACUUCCAGAAGAUCGUGGACGCCGAGUGGACCAUCAUUUACGAGAAGAUGGAGAAGAUGAAGGCUCUUGGCGCCAACAUCGUCCUCUCGCAGCUGCCGAUCGGCGACCUGGCCACCCAGUGGUUCGCGGACCGCGGCAUCUUCUGCGCCGGGCGAGUGGACAAGGACGACAUGCAGCGCCUGGCCAAGGCCACCGGCGCCAGCAUCCUGAACACCGUCAACGGGGUCCAGGAGAGUGUGCUGGGGACCUGUGGAUUCUUCGAAGAGAAGCAGCUGGGGGCAGAGAGGUUCAACCUGUUUUCGCACUGCAAGCACGGCAAGGCGGCCACCAUCGUCAUCCGGGGCGGCGCAGAGCAGUUCAUCAGGGAGGCUGAACGCUCCCUCAACGACGCCAUCAUGAUCGUGCGCCGCUGCUUCAAGGCCAGCAAGAUCGUGCCCGGCGGUGGGGCCUUCGAGAUGGAGCUUUCCAAGAACAUCCGGGCCUUCGCCCACAGCAAGGUCUCCGGCAAGGAGCAGUACGCGAUCAACGCCUUCGGCAAGGCCCUCGAGGUCAUCCCCCGCACGGUGGCCGACAACGCCGGCCUGGACUCACUGGACGUGAUGAACCGGCUGCGGCACAAGCACGCCACCGACAAGGAGACUGGCAAGUACUUCGGCGUGAACAUCACGGGGACCACGGCGGGUAUCUGCAACACCUACGCCAGCUUCGUCUGGGAGCCGAUGCUGGUGAAGUACAACGCUCUGUCGGCAGCGUGCGAGGCUGCCUGCACAAUCCUGUCGAUCGACGAGACGGUGCGCAACCCGCGUUCGGAGCAGGACCAGCAGGAGCGGAGGGUGAAGCGGGCGGCCCCGCGCAUGGGGGGCCUGCAGCGCAACGCCCGCAUAAAAUGA